UUCCAACAUGGUGGAAAUGUGCUACACUGUUUGAAAAUGCAGGCCGUGUCAUGCCUUGAAAAAAAUCAUUUUAUGCUAGAAUUUGGUAAAAAAUGUCGGACCCUAAACGUGCUACUCUUAUAACAGUGGGUGCUUCAAAAAGUGGAAAGAAUAGUGUGUGUAAAACAGUGAGAUUAACUAUAAAUCUGGAUGAAAGCAACGAAAGUAAAUAUCCAGAGCUGAAUUACAAGGAACUAGUCAUAGCAGAAGACAGAAAGAAGAGAGUAGAAAAUGGGAAGACAAAUAAGCUGGAUCCGUUUUCUGACAAUGAUGAGGAGUUAGAACGGGUUGCCAAGAAAUUUGAACAAAAAUAUGGUGGCAAGAGCACAUACGGCAGAAAGGGGCGUUCCAAGCAUGAUGACUUCGCGGACAUUGGCAUGGGUUACGAUGAGAAUGACCCUUUCAUCGAUAACACAGACAAUUACGAUGAGAUGAUGCCACCAGAGACUGACACGUUCUACGGCGGUUUCUACAUCAACAGCGGGUCGCUAGAGUUCAAGAGUGUGCCUGAGAACCGGAUCUCGGAUGUAGAGAAUGGGAGACGGAAUAAGAGGAGGAUUUCGUCAAGCAGCAGUGAAGAGGAGUCUUCGGAGAGCUCAUCGGAGUCGGAGAGUGCUGAUGAGAAGGAGACCAAGACUAUACCCAACGGAGCGGUGCACAAUGAACACAGGAAAAAGAAAAACAAAGAUAUUGAUAAGAAAAAGAAAGCGAAGAAAAUCAGAAGGACCGAUUCUUCCGCCGCUACAUCAGGGAAACAGACUUCUGAUGACAACGGCGCUGGCGACGCCGAGAGCGCGGACUCGCGCACGUCGCAGUCGGACUCGCUCACCUCCAAGCCCGCGCCCAGCUCCGAGAACGCCGUCACCUCCGACAGCUCCAGGGAUGUAGAAGCGAAGUCUGAAGUGAAACUGCCCCAACCAGUGAUUCAAGUUUUGGAGCAGUUAGAAGCAGCGGUCACCAAGCAUCAGUCGGAACAUCCGGACACUCCUGUAGCUCUACUUACAACUAAUAAUGAGAAGCAUCUGUUGAGUUUGGAUGCGGUCCUCGCAAGCAGUUCAGCGACAGCUCGAGCGCGGCGCGCGGCGUGGGGCCGCGCCGCCGGCUGCCUGCGCUCCUCGCGCGCCAAGCUCAUACACCGAGUGCAAGCAAGGCUCAAGGCCAUGAGCGAAGCUAGCGACACUAAAGUUCCUGUCUCAACAAUUGCUCAACCAACAACAACAACUGCCACACCAACUGCCACCACGAACAACAAGCGGAAAUACUCUGAUGACACCGACGAAGAUAUUAGCAAACUCACUGCCGAGGAACGGGAAUCUAAGAUAGUUGAUACAUUACAAAGACUAAAAGCCUUGAUAGAAGACCGCACACCCGCCAUGAUGGCCAGUUAUCAGGCCGAAUGUGACAGGGUCAUGGAAGAGAGAAAGAAACUCCAAAUAGCGUCCGACGGCAGACCGAUCGAGAAGCGCCUCCCCAAGCGACGCUUCCCGUGGUGUCCGCGCAGCCGCUCCCUACUAGCGCGCCUCAAGCGGCUCGCCGGAGACCAAGAUGCAGCCGCUAACUUGCUGGUGCGACGGGCACUGCCGCUCUUUCCUAGUGGCUUCGUCAGGAUGCCUACACUGUUGAGACAGGCUGAUCUCAGCAAAGAACUGAAAGUGUCAGAUGUGAAGCGACAACGCUCCUCCUCCGUAUCAGCACCCGCACCCGCACCACACCCCGCCGCGCCGCCCGCGCCGCCGCCGGCCGCGCCGCUGCCCGCCAUGGCCGAGCCCAUACAGUUCCCGAGCUCACUGACUGUCACCACCAGCGUCAAACCAAUAGAAAAGACUGAGGAAGACAAAAAGACCACAUCCAUCUUCGGGAACCUAAUAAACACCUUCUCCCUGAGCAAAGACUUGAUAGUCGAAACGGAGAAAAAAGACCCCGAACCCAAAAAGGAAGUCCCCAACAACAUUGGCAGCAUAACCAUCACCCCGGUCGUUCAGAAAGAGAAGAAACCGACCAAUCCGCCUUCCAAGGAACCUCUAAUCAGAGUUAAAUCGCCGGCGGUCCUCAACGAAAUGGCUAAAAAGGACAAACAUAAACCAAAAGACAAACCUCAAGUCAAAGACAAGCGAGUUGACUCCCCGUUACAUGUAGAUACUAGCUUCCCGAACAAAAAAGAAACGCCUAGUCCGACGUUAACUAAAGAGGAACUGACUAAAAAACAGAUAGAGAGUAUGAGAAUAUCGGAGAACAACAUACCCCGGCCCGCUCUAGUUCCAGUUCACCAUUCCCCGACCUUCGCUAAACCUGAUAAGAGACCUCCGGAAGUUAAAAAGAAGAAAGAAAUAGUGAUUAUAUCAGAUUUAGAUCCUUUAGGUGACGUUCAGCAGGAAUCAGUGGUGGCAGUGGACGAUAGUAGCAGUGACGUUGAAGUGAUAGAGGAGAACAGAAGUGAACCUAAUAAGUGUGAAGUGCCUUCGAAAGACAAAGUGAGUGAUAAGAAGGUGAGCAAGAAGGAUAAUCAUCGGAAGGAUGAUGCGCUCGAGGAUGAUAUUCACACGGUUAUGAGGAAUUUGAGAGAAAUGGAGCAUUCACAAGAAACCCCAAAGUUCAAUAAUUCUUUCGGAGGAGUUAUAACCAGUGCCAAGCACGAGAAGUCUUCCAAAACCUACAGCCCACGGAAUGUACUCGGGGACCGUAGUGACAAAGACAAGUUAGCCAACUUCUUUGAACAAAAUGGAUGGAUGUAGUGCCGUCACAGGUUAAUGCAGUACUACCGGAACCUCAAAUGAAGACGUAACGCAGGCGGUACUAAUAUAUACAUAUACACUGUAAACUAUUAUUCCAUGCAAGGUAGGCCCGGACAUUAUGAAAUUUACAUUUUGAAACUGCGUUCAAGAUCACGGGCGUUUCGAACACCUAAUUUCUUCGGAAUUUAUCGCAGUCUACAUUAGGAGUCAAAUUUUUUGAUAAUAUAUCUGAUGAAAUUUAAUUACUUUCUAUGAAAAUAUUUUAAUUGGUGUUUUUCCUGGUAGACACACUACUAUUUAAACAAUAGCCGAGUGGUUCAGGCGCCUGUCCGGUAAACAGGGGACGCUGGUUCGAUUCCAGCUCUGGACACUGGAGGUUUGGUAAUUUUUCCCUCCGUAUAUAACAUUUAUUUCAGUUAAUAUUUCUGGUUGUUUGGUAGCCUACCAUCCUCAAUCUAUCCUCUGUCAGAUAGCCAAAAAUGUCAUUAAAAUUAAAGACAUUUUGUCAUAAAGAAGCCCAAGAAAUAAGGCGACGAGAAACUCUUAUAUUUAUUCAACUGCUAAGAAAAACACAAAGAUUGGCAUAAUUAAAAACACAAGGAAAUUGUGAUGCAACUGAUGCACAAGUUAACGUAUGACAAUACAGUAGGUAACACAAAUCGUAUGUUGCCGUACAGCGCCACCUGUCAGCAGCUAAAGUGUCUACUACUUUACGCGUCUUAAGCGUUUUCUCUAUGGUCAUACUGUAUAUUUUAUCCCAGUCUGGGAAAUGGGUGAAUCAACUUUUUCUUGUCACUAGUUGCCAUGGUUACGGUCUCCUGGGUCACUCUUAAAAUACUAGUUAUUUCGUAUUUAAAUGAACCAAACUUGAAUUUUUUGGUAGGUAUAGAGCCUUUCCAUAAUGGGACAUCUACUAAGCACGUUUGUAGAACCAUGGUACAGCAGCAUUUCUAAGAAAUUAUGCUACUAUUGGCUGAUGGGACAGAAUUACAGCAAGAAAUAGUUGAUCGAGCCAAAUAAUCGUUUUUGUUGAGGUUAUUUCACUCUUACACUGCAUAAAGUGGCCGAAAAAACUUCGUGCAUACUUUUGCGGAUUUCUUUUAAAUGCUGAAGAAACGGGACUAUGUAAUAUUUUUAUUAUUUUGAACUCAUUCCCAUAGGUAUAUUUCUUUUGAAAAGUUUCAAAAUGUCCGGGCGCGGCACAACACACCACGUAAGAGGUCUCUAUUGUUUCCCAAAAAGUUUUAAGUCAUAAUGUAUUGUUUGUCCGCAUUUUCUUUAGUCAUAAUUAGUUUGGUUCAGAAUCGCGUAACUUUUCAGGAUUGACAUAAACCUAACCUAACCAUAGGAUAAUCUUACGAAAUUUCUGAAAAGUUAACGUUUUCAGUUUUAGGACUAAUGCUAAUAUGACAAACAAUACAUUAUGACUUAAAACUUUAUGGGAAACUAAGGGCCACGUAAGAUCUGUUCCAUUCUACGUAACAUAUAGGUUUGUAUAAAGCGCUCUUAGGGCAUACUGAAAAUUUCUGGAACUGGCCACUUAGAAAAAUAAGUCCUUUAAUAUAACAGAAUCCAGAAACUUUUAAUAUGACCCACGUAUUUGUAUAAACGAUAUAAUUUAGUUUUACACUCUUUGACCCCCUAUAGUUACUGCUCCACUAUUGGUCCAAUACAGAUUUUUAUAACUAAGGGCUGAUGUAGACGGCGCGUGAUUACAAUUUUAGUUACAUUGAGAUUGGUUACAUCCAAUUCAGCCGACCAAUUAAAUACCGCAAUGUAAUGAAACUCGCAUGCGAGUUCUCACACCGUCUAGGUGAGCCUUAAGUCUUUCCCGGGCGAUAACUCUUGAAGUGUUAAGGGAGUUGUAUAUAAGCCUCCUAAAUGUCAGCUGCCGCUCCGUUGGUGGCCGUUGAAGAUGAACAACGUACAAUUUUUUUUGGACAUUUAACUACUUUACGAGUUACAUCCUGGAAAGCAAUAACUAAGGGCUGAUUUUGACGGCACGCGAACUCGCAUGCGAUUUUAGUUACAUUGCGGACUGUCGAUUACGUCCAAUUCAACCGACCAAUCAAAACCCGCAAUGGUAUGAAACUUGCGUGCGAGUUCUCGCAUCGUCUAAAUCGGGCUUAACGAAAUUUAUACAAACAGACAAUGAUUUAGCGGCAGUGGAUGUAUGUUUGUGCUGUUGGUAUUUUUUGUCCCGAUAUAGCUAGUUUACCGAUAACUAAGAACGUGUAUGUGAAUCACCAAUUGCAAACCAUCUUGGAACAAAAAUAUGCGUUGAUCGCAAUUUUGGAUGCAAAUCGUUUAACGGAAUUGACAUAGCUACAAUUUACCAAAAAAAAAUAUGGUAUUCUUUUUAAAAUUUUUCACAAUUUAUACUCAGAAUCUAAGUCAAUCUUUAUUUUACAUUUAUGACCUAUUUGCAAGGGUCACCAUAUGGCGGACCGCCGACCUAUUUUAUUUUUUUGCUUAUUGCUUUAUUUAAUAAACUCAAGAAGAAACGGCCCGCGAUGGUCUUUUUAUUUUAAGAACCGGACCCCUGAAAAAUCUAAUUGGUGACCCCUGACCAAUUAAUUGGAGCAGUAACUACACUCAAGAGUAAUUAAAACAGAUCAUUUUGUAAAAAGAUUAUAUGCAAAUUGAACGAUUUUCUUUGCUCUUGAGUUUACACAAUAACACAAUAGCAAUAGAAAUAACAAGAUUCGGUUUUACUGUAAAUUAUGAUUGUAUACUUGAAAUUAAGCCUCGUUUACACUUGAGUUAUUUUAGUUUGGUUUAGUUGCAAGUGUAAUCGGGCCGGCAUGCCCAAAAUGUAAUAAUUAUGAAUACAUAUUUAUAAUGAAU